GCCAUGGAGAUGGGCCUGGCCUGCGUUGUGUGCCGGUGAGUUUGUACAGUCCGUUCAGUUUUCUUUUUGUGAUGAUUUUUUUUAAUAUUAUUUUUCUAUUGAGAACGUAGAUUUUAUGUGAUCUAUUAAUAAGUUGGAUAAUGGUUAACUUGGACACAUAACUUUGCAAUGUGCAAGUAAAACAAGAAGCACCAUUUUUUGUAUACUCUAUUUUAUCACAUAGUUUUUCAUGCCCUGUGAAACACAUUUUGAUUUGGAUUUUACUACACUGGCUGGUUGCUUAUAGAUUAAUUGAUCUUGCUACCCUAUACUCUCAUAGAAGGUGUAUUAUAGCAGGUAUCAAACAGCUGUAGCCGAGAAAAUCCAAUGCACUGUGCAAUUUUAAUGUUUAAUGAUUAUCUAAAAUAUCAAACUUGUCGUUUUCAGACAAAUGACUGUAUUCUCUGGUAACGUGUUGGUUGAAUGCCAGGAAUGCCACAAUCUGUACCAUCAGGACUGCCACAAACCCCAGGUCACAGAUAAGGAUGUGAAUGACCCUCGUCUUGUCUGGUAUUGUGCCCGCUGUACCAGGCAAAUGAAAAGAAUGGUAGGCAUUCUGUGGUCCAAAAUUUACAAAAAAAAUCUUUUCAGAAAUUUAAGAGUAGGGAAAGGCGACCAGAAUGUGAUAUUGCAUUGUAUUUGUUUUAUUUAGUUUCAGUAAAUCAGAUCAUCUGAGAUGGAUAGUGUAUCAUUAAAAAGGUUACAUUUGGUGUAUUUUGCUCUGUUCAAUAAACCAUAUUAUGUAUUUGCUAAAAGGGUUACCAUCUGAAGCAAAAAAACAAAAAACUAUAGCUAGUCUGUGUAUGUGUUUCUAUACAGGGUCUUGUAGGUUUUGUUUUCUAUUUCUAUGUUCCAUGUAUUAUUCAGGCACAAAAGAAUCAGAAGCCCUCUCAAAAGCCUGUGCCGUCCUCAGUAACUACAGUUCUACCAGUUGUAAAGGAUCCAUCCAUCAGCAAACCUGAACAGAAACCCAAGCCAGAUUCUGCAAACACAUUUUUAGCAUUUAAAAGAGCAGAAGUUAAGGUAUGGUUUUUCUUAAUUUAAUGUGAAAUGCAGAAUGUGUAUAUUAUAAGAUAAAAAUCUUAAUCAGUUCUUGUAUUUUAUAUAUACAUAUAUUAAUAUAUAUAUAUAGCUCCAUAAAGCAUAUUUACAUCGUAGAACUGAUAUCUGCUAUUUAAUUGUAGCAGCUACAAUUGUUUUCUUGUUUUAAAUAUUGAUAUUCAAAAUGUGCCUGACAUUCGUCCUCUAUUCUGGGAGAUAUUUUAAGGACUGUAUUUUGGUUAGGCUUUUUAGAAAUUCAGCACGGGACACCCUAGAUGCCAAAAUCACUACGUCUUAAUGAAUGGGUUUUGGUCCAAAGGUCCCGUCCCUUUUAUCUGGCUCUGUAAAACAAUGCUGUCUGAGAAAAGGCCAUGUUUUCAUUUUCAAUAACUUUUAGUGGCUGUUUAUCUGAGCUUUCAUAUUGAAGAUCUUUGAUUUUCUUUAUGUUCAUGCGUCAUCCAACACCACUUGUUUACACUGAGCAUCUUGUCUAAGAGAAGCUUUGCUUUGGAUCAAGAUUAUCAAAUAUGUUCAUCUCAGAGAAGGUGGAGUGGUUGCUGGGGGAGACUACCUCCCCCAGAUUACAUGUGUGGCUAAUUGCUUUUUCCUUCAUUUUUUAUAUUUUUAAAGGGGUGAUGCCCUAAAUCCAGUACAGUAAAGGAAUACCCAAAGGUUAAACAUAAAUAUAUUUAUAGUUAACAUUACAGGAGUCCUUUUAAAGAUUUUUUACGAGCAAGUGAAACAGCCUUUAAAUAAAUCAUAUACACUUUAGCAGUAGGAUCAAGUGAGAACUAGCAUUUAUAGGUACACCAUGAAAAAAUGUUAUGCCACCUUCUUCACCUAUCUAGUGCCAGUUCCUGCUGUUCUUUCUUAUCUGCAUCCAACCAAUUUUUCUUGCUGCCUCUCAUCCAUUCAAGUUGUCCUUUCCCUCCAAGUUCCACAUGCAUUUCUGAUAAAGAGAGAGACAUGUUUUUUUUUACCUGUCAAAGCAGCUUGGAAUGACUGUCCACUGCUAAGUCCAGCCAGUCUGACAUCACACAAAGUACGGUACUGUGUCCCAGAAUGAAUUACCUGGGGAAGGGAGAUUAUCUGCUGGUUAAUGUUUCUGUUCGGUGGUGAGUGAUGAAUGAUCUACUGUAUAUUAUUUAGUUGAACUCUCAGGUUUGUUUUGUCAGAGAGCCUCUAUUAAUAUAGAGCAGUGGCUGUUAUUCGGAGUUGCUAUUUAUUUGCAUCUCCUUUCUACUAUAAGAAUUUAAAGUCUUAAUCAAGAUUUUUAAGAUUCUCAAGGAAAUGUUGACAUUUUCUGUGCUGCAUUAGUAGUUGCUAGUUGUAAAACUGUUUCUUGGUGCUUCCACAGUACCUUGAUGGUAAUUCUGGGUAAACUUGUCAGUCUGCUGUAUAGUGUUAGUGUAGAUUAUCUCCGUGUUUGCACAACACAGUAAAAUAAUUUUGCAAGUUAUGGUUGUACAGGAGAUUUGCAGAUUAAUAUGUCCACUCAUGGUGAAGUUCUAAUUUAGGAAGAAGAUGCUGUUAUUAUAGCCAUUCUAUUUUAAACAAGCCUUUUUUUUCAUUUUUGAAAGGCGUAUGUGUGCCAUCUGGCAGGUAAUAUUUUUCCAAGCGAUAGCAAUGGGGAAAAACAUAAAUGUGUGUGCUGCGUAAAUUGUAUGGUUUUCCUUGUGAAUAUUCUCUUUCACACCAACUCUACUGCCAAUUUCUUAAACAAAUCAUUGUUGGCUGACACUAACAUUUUUCUUUUCUGAGUAAAAAAAAAAAGUCUUUAAUAGAAGGAUAGAAUAAACAGUGUAAACAAAUGAACAAAUGCUGUUGGAUUGAGCGGGUAUUCCACAUAUUAAGAAAGUUGUGGUUUUAUCCUCUAAUAGGACGUCUGUGCUUUAGCCUUCAGCUUGCACAGUGUCCCUUCUUGCACACUCUUCUUUCCCCUCUCCCAGCUGUCAGUCACAUAGCCAGCAAGGCACUUUUCCUGAUUCUGUACUGGGACAGAAAGUGGAAAAUAAUGCUUCUAAUAGAGAAGCAUCAGAUUGGUUGGGAAAUAAUCUACCACGGCAAGGAGACCCUCUCACUGCUAGAUUAAAGGGAAUUAACAUCUUUGUUUUGAAGGUGGCCCACAAGUCUAAACAACAGUCUAGCAUUAUAAAUAACGCUUUAGUAUUCCCUAAUCCUACUUCAUAUUUUCCACUGAAAAAGUUGUCCUUAUAAUUCUUUAUCAUGGGUUUACAAUUGUACAAGAUGAGUAUGUUUCUUGCUAUUAUUUACCAAUACUUGUUUUUACUUUGUCGUGAAUUAAGGUAUCAGCUGCAGUGUCCUCCAGUUCCUCAAGUUCUGCAGCCUCAUCUACAGCUGCAAGUGGCCUCACAGGAUGGGCUGCAUUUGGGGCCAAAACUGCAAGUGCUGCGCCAGUAUCAGCCAAGUUGAGUUCAACAGCACCGUCUAGCAGUGGGAAGCCGCCUGCACUUUCUGCAGGACAGAAACCUACAGGUACAUCUGGAAUGGCCACUUCUAAAACUGGUUCAGUGUCUAAAACUGGAUCUAGCAGCAACACCUCUAAUACCAUCCCAUUUAAACCUCUGCCACCUCUUAUACUUGGCAAACCUGGUCUCAGUCAUUCCUUGAGUAGUGACAAUGUCAGCAAAACCAGCCUGCCCAGUCCAAGCACAAACACAUCUGGCAGCAGCAGUCAACUGAUUAGUGGAAAUGGAGGAGGCAAUUCUUCAGGAAACAGUGGGAGCAGUAGUAGCAAAGCGACCGUGGACCCCAAUAAUCAGCAGUCUGGAGCAAAAGGCCCCACAUCUCAGGAAUCUCAAUUGAAUGCAAUGAAGCGCUUGCAAAUGGUGAAGAAGAAAGCUGCACAGAAAAAGCUAAAGAAGUAAUGUCAUGAUAAACUCAAAAUGCAAUCUAUUUAUUGGCUAAUGUGGCAGACUGCUAGCAUCAGACAGUUGUUAGGGAAGAGUACUCUGAAUAUAAUCUGAUAGAUUAGGAAGUUUAGUUACUUAUAAUUUAAUUUGUACGGUUGUGAAAUUUGUUUCCCCAGUCAAUACCACCACUUUGUUACUAAAUUUGAUUAUCUCCGUAAUCAAACCAUUGACCAGGUGAUAAUGAAUACUGUUUUUAAAAAAACUCUCUAGAGGAGACACAUAUUAUAAACUUUGAUUCAGAGAUCUGAUCCACCUGCAGAGGCCAAUAAAUCCUCUCUGGGUAGUGGUUCCCUACCACUACCGUCCUAUAGCUUUCUGUGCAAGAAUUAGUUAACAUUUUGUGUGUAUGUCAUGGUUUACUAACUUGAAAUGAACAUCAACCACCUGUAACUCAACACAAGCAUCACAUCUUUCAUUAUAAUAACAUAGCAAAAAGUAAUAAUGAAAACGACAUCAACAGAUAACUUUUCAAUAACGUUUAUUAAAAAAUAUGUUGGCAUUUUAUUUUGAGAAAUUUACAUGUGGCCAGACCAUCUAGUUGUUUUUUUUGAUUCAGCAAUGUAAGUCAUUUUCCUAUAAAAGUUAAUCUUGAUCAGCAGCGGCCUGAAGUGUUUCUAAUCUUAAAAUGACAAGUCAAGUUUGUUUCCAAAUUCAUGUGUUUUUUAAUUUUAUUUUUGUUUACUUUCUUAUUCCUCUUUGUUAACCCACAGUAGGGACACUGCAACUCUAUAGACAAAUUAUUGAAACCAUGCCUCCAUCAGCAUUGUCAGAUUUGAUGCUCUAUUUUGGAUUAUUUUGAGCAUAGUCUCACUAUAGAGUGUAUUAUUUGUAUAUGAAUUUCAGUCUUUCUACUGAUGCAGUAUAUUAUAUUAAUCAAAGAAUGAUGUACAU